AUGCCCCGAAAAUGGCAGAAAUUCGAUCGUGUCUGUGGAGUUGCGCUUUCGUCGGAUAAAUUUCAAUUCAUCUUCAAGCACGAGCACGAUCUCGUUGAGGUCGAAAAACCUCCAGAAGACUACCUCAACUAUGUUCUUAUCUGGGAUCGACUUCGCAAUAUUCCUGUUAACCAUUAUACUGCCUUAGCUGAUUUGGUCGGAGAAGUGGUGGAAGUUGCCUUUGAUCCUUCGAAACCCCAGAUAAAUGAUUAUGUCAGAGUAAGGAUUCGCUUUAAUGUCUCCAAACCGCUUCGCAAAACUAAGGUAGUCAAUCUCCCAAGUGGUGGACAAACUUCAAUCCUAUAUGAAUACGAGAGGAUUCACAAAAUAUGUUUCCACUGUCAAAGAUUGACUCAUGAGCAAACAGUAUGCCCUAUAAAACUUUGUUCUCUCCAGAGAGCCUCUGAUCAGCUACCUUCUUCAAGCAAAGCAUCUGACUCACUUAAGGAGUUGGUUUUAAAAGAGUCUGAUCCUCUCUUUGGUGUUCUGGAAGAAAAUCAAGUGGGUAUUAAUCCUUCAACAGGAAGACCUAGAAUUGCUAAAGAGGUUCUUGAUGGUAUGAGACUUUAUCUCCUGUCUGCUUCCGGUCCAGAAAAAAUCAUCAGAGAACAAAGAGUUAAGACUUCUUUAGCAGAUAUAGGGAAUGAUCCUGUAGCUCAGAAAUCUUUUCUUAGUUUGGAAGCUAUUCCGAGUGUUACCAGUGAAGUAGAUAAAGGAAAGGGUCAUGUGUUUGACUUUGAAAAACAGGAUAACAUCAAUAUCUACCCUCAAGUUCCAGGAUAUCAUACCAAAUUAUUAGCUUCAGCGAUUCAAGCGGGAGGUAUUAGGAGGGAGUCCUUUGUUCCUCAAUAUUACCGCUCUGAAGGAUCAGCUAAUAACUCUUUUGAUGACAUGAUGGCCUAUUCAUAUUUCUCAUCAGUUAAUGCAGCUAAGGCUGGUGAAGCUGGCUCAUCAGGCACUGCAGUGGGUUUUCGAGCCGGAAAAGCAAGAAGAAGACCUUCCAGAAACAAAAGACAAAUCCUUGAUAAGGAUUCUAUGCUUCAGCAACGCAUCUCAAAAGAAGGCUCAAAUAAUAAAAGAAAGGCAGAGGAGCAAGUUGGAGGAGUUUCUUUGGCUAAGGGGAAGCUUGGUACGGCGGUCCCAAUGGAGGGACUGCCUAAAUUUUUAUGAGCCUUAUGAGUUGUAAUUGCCAAGGCUUGGAACGGUCUCAAGAAUUGGUGAUUCCACGUCUCAAGGAAAUUAGGCCUACUUAUUUCCAUGAGAUUUUGUUUUUGAUGGAGACAAUGCAUAGUAGAGAUGUUUUGGUGGAUAUUCAAGAAUGGUUGGGUUAUGACAGAGUAUAUACAGUAGAACCUCUGGAUAGAAGUGGUGGUUUGGCCUUAUUUUGUAAGAAAAAUGUGGCUGUGGAGUUAAAGUUUGUAGAUAAGAACUUGUUUGAUGUGUGAGUACAGUUUGAUGCUUUUAAGUU